CAAUCGUUAUAGUGUCAGAGCUAGAAGACAACCAAGUUUGGCUGUCUUCUGCAACUGAGUUCCUAAUUUAGCUCACUAAGAGAUAAGCUCUGAGAUAUAAGAUGAAUUAACACCAACUGGUCAACCUUUGUUCUUCAGGAGGAAACCCAAAAUGGCUAGCAGAAAAGCCGGGACACGAAGCAAAACUGCUGCUAAGCGGGCACAGAGAGGUUCUUCCAACGUCUUUUCAAUGUUUGAGCAGUCACAGAUCCAGGAGUUUAAAGAGGCAUUUAGUUGCAUUGACCAGAAUCGAGAUGGAAUUAUCAGCAAAUCUGAUUUGAAGGAGACAUACAGUCAACUCGGCAAACUGAAUGUGAAGGAUGAAGAGCUGGAAGAGAUGCUGAAGGAAGGGAAAGGACCAAUUAACUUCACUGUCUUCUUAACACUCUUUGGGGAGAAACUGAAUGGUACUGAUCCAGAGGAAUCCAUCCUUGCUGCCUUCAAACUCUUUGACCCAAAUGGAACUGGCUUAGUGAACAAAGAGGAGUUUAAACAACUUCUGGUAACUCAAGCUGACAAGUUUUCUCUCGAGGAGGUAGAGCAAAUGUUUUCUCUUGCUCCCAUGGAUGUAGCUGGAAACAUUGACUAUAAAUCUUUGUGUUAUAUCAUCACACAUGGAGAUGAGAAGGAAGACUGAAGACUUGCGUAGGGCGAGGACUGGAGGCAACUCCCAUUCACCGUUCCUACUUUGUUAAAGAUUACAAUAAACAAUUUCAUGAAAAACAA